AUGGCGCCCGUCAAGGAGGAAGACGACCCAGUCAUCGCGGAAUACGACGUCUACCUCACCCCACCACUCGCCGAACAUAUCUACCUUCUGCAGUACCCAAAUCGGCCUCGAUAUCGUGGGUACAACAGUCAGUAUGGAGCGACGCCAGAGCAUAUGCGCAUCAAGCCGCAUAGCGGAUACAUGGAAAUGGACAUCAAGCUCAACACAGAGCACAAUUUCAACAAGUACAUGGGCUUGAAGUGGGGAGAUGCGACCAAGGCUUCGAAAGAACUCCAUAACAUCUCCGGCACGUAUGGUCCAGCAGCUGGUCUCGUCCCGGCCAAGGCGCGAGGCUUGCAGCGAGGUACGCUCAAAGACAACGCCCAGAGAGAUGUGGACCUUGAAAACGACUUGCAGUCCUUCAAAGAGGCGGAGAAGGACAAGAAAGUACACGACAUACAGACUUUGGGAGGUCAGAUCAUUCGUCACGAUGCGGAGACUGAAGCCGGCAAGCCAUAUUACUUCGUUGGUGCGUUUCAAGGCGACAAGUUGCACUUGACCAAAAUUACUGGCACAGUUCAGAUGCGACCCAACUUUCAUCAUCUUGACGCAGAAGAAGAGCGGUCGCGCAUAGCAUCAUCUCGCGCUCAAGCUGAUGCUGGAGUGCCUAUCACGCAACCCGUCGCCCAGACUUUGAAGCAGAAUCAACUAUCAAACGAGGACAAGAAUAGCGUCGAGUACAAGCUCAAGACAGUCAUGGGCGCUGCUGCUACCGAGCGGUGGAUUCCAAUGGAGUACGUUGACGACGAGUCCGAUAGAGCUUAUCGUGCUUUUGAGGAGAAGCUCAAGGUCAGAGAUGUGGAGAAUGCGCCGCACCUGAAGAGUCAGCUGGACAAUGACGGCUAUCUGGAUGCCAUUUCCGCGCCGAGACACGAUUCGCCGACACGGAGGAGGAAGCGGGCGUCCAGGAAGAAGGAGAUGGUGGAGCUCGAAGACGACGAAGACGAGCAGAUGGCCGAUGUGGACGCUGAGGCUGGAGCAGCUGCGGGCUGA